CGCAUUCAUAAUCCAGAUUUAAUAUUAUUCUCGUCGCGACCAUCCUAUCAUGUCUUCCUGCUAACACGCUCCUUGGUAUCGGUCUCAAUUGAGCUGUGGGGAGCUCGAUUCUCACCCAUCCCCCGCGUACCACGUCCCUCGUUUGCGAGCUCACCCAUGCGAUUUACCUCUGCAUAACUCAUAUUGCCUCAGUUGUUCAAUUGAAGGAGCGCGGAAGUCAUCAUGUCGACCUCCUCCACUCUCUCAAGCGUCAGCCACCAUGUCCACGACUCUCCAAAACGUGGUCAUAGCCGGCACGGUCACUCGCGAUCUCGUCGUCGAUCACCGGCCCCCAGUUCCCUACCUUUUGCCUCUGGCGAUCAUCAAUUUCACCAGGUCCUAGACCCAAUCGCUUCUGCAAGAAUUACUGAAGGGCAUACGUUGGAAGGAUAUUUUCCUUCGAAUGACGGUGCUCACGACCACAACCACGACCACGACCACGACCACGAUCAUGCCCAUCACCACCACCACAACAACAGUCAUGAUCACCAUCAUCAUGGUCACCAUCGUCACAGUAGCAGCCAUGGGUCACACUCGCACCUGGCUUCAAAUGGGUUUAUCGGGGGUGGUUUGACGAGUAUAGUGGCCGAAAAUGUGGCUGCGGAUGAAAAGCACGAGUUUGCUGCUCCUUCGCAUUCGCACCCUGAACACCCAGAAAACAAAAGUUCGCAGACCAGUGAUAUUGUUACCGGUCUCGUGAUGGUCCUUCCGUGGGUCUUGUUAUCAUGGUAUUGGAGACAGUACGCAGAUUCGGCCACGCUAAACAGCGAUGAUUGGCUUCGGGCAUCAACUUCAGAUUCUGAGUCGCAAAUAGUAGCAGAUGCACCGGAGAGUGGCUCUGAUUUGGAGCAGCUAGCAGGAUUGGUAUCCGCCACUUUGAUAUUUACUGGCUCCUGGCAAAUAAUGCGACGGGAAAAGGCAACCGGUGCAGACCCUGUCUCGACGGUAUACCUACCCCGUCUCAAUGCUGCGGCAAUGCAAAAGUCUGCCCUCAGGGUUCUCUCGUUGGCUUUACCUAUCUACGCAGCUAUGAAAAUUGGCCCUGUGGCUGUUGCUCUUGCCCUGCUUCUGGCCUCUGCGUCCGGCCUACCAGCUGUAUUUACAGUGGGCGGUAACCGCAACAAUUCGAAGCAAAGUCUGGGUCGCAAGAAGCUCACACUCGUAGCCCUGCUUAUGUUUACCUCUCUGGGAUUUUUGAACUUAGAUACGCCUGUAGAUCGGGCGCCGUUCAAGGGGUAUCUGGCAUUAUUCGUCUCCAUCUUCCUGCUCAGGCUCCCUUUCCCCGAGCCCGUUCGUGGACCAGAGUCUGUCUCCGGAACUGGUGAAUCUGUCUCGACAGUCUUGGAUGCUGGAGCUUACGCUCUAGGUGAUCACGGCACUGCCACUGUUUUAUCAUCCCUUGUCGCUACACCGGAUGAUACCAUGUUGACAAUAUUCUCGGGAGGUGUCCUAGCAGCUGUCUCUCUCUUCCUACACAUUAUCCGCGGAUCAUCUUCUACAGGCUUUUCAGACAUUCUCUGGGCCUCUCUCACAUCCGCUGCAUUUGCGAUGUCGCUGAUCUCGGCAUCUCCCAUGAAUCUUCGCAGUUCCCACAAAUUGGGUAUGGCCGCAGGAUCUGUUUUCGCUGUCAUCUUUGGGGCUCUUCCACACUUGGAGAGUGGUUUUGUCGGUUACUGUACCUGGGCCUUUUUGGCUGGGUUUUCAUAUGCGGCUGCUCGUUUCGAUGGCCAGUCUAGUUCCCACUCGCAUGGACACCAUCAUCACAGCAAUGCGAAUCCGUCCAAGAUUUCGGCGGCCCUUAUUGAGUUCUCUGAGCCUUAUCCAUUAUUGCAUAGCAUCAUAAAAGAGAGGGAUUCUCGUCGGAUAUUCUAUUUUAUGACCCUUAACUUCGCAUUCAUGCUCGUUCAACUGUCCUAUGGAAUUGUUACCGGCUCUCUGGGGCUCUUGAGUGAUAGCAUACAUAUGUUCUUUGACUGUCUUGCUCUGGUUGUUGGCCUAUGCGCUGCAGUCAUGAGCAAGUGGCCUCCCAGCGCUAGGUUUCCUUAUGGAUAUGGAAAGGUAGACACCUUGUCCGGGUUUGCAAACGGCAUAUUCCUCAUGAUCAUAAGUGUUGAGAUCGUCUACGAGGCUAUUGAGAGGUUGCUCUCAGGCAGUGAGAUGCAUCGGAUAGCAGAGCUGUUGGUUGUCAGCGCCGCUGGUCUUGCUGUAAACCUUGUCGGUAUAAUGGCCUUCGAUCAUGCUCAUCAUGGUCAUUCACACGGUCAUGACCACGGCCACUCUCAUUCCCAUGCCAAUGAAAAUAUGCAUGGUAUCUUCCUUCACAUCCUUGCUGAUACUCUUGGCUCUGUUGCAGUCGUUAUUUCGACUAUUCUCGUCCAGCUGUAUGGCUGGCCAGGAUUUGAUCCUAUUGCUUCCUGUCUAAUUGCAAUCCUGAUUUUCGCCUCUGCUAUUCCGCUUGUGAGCAGCACCGCAAAAACACUACUGCUGACUCUGCCAGCGGAUGUGGAAUACAAUUUACGCGAUACAUUGGGCGGUAUCACCAAUCUCAGAGGUGUCGUCGGAUACACUGUGCCGAAAUUCUGGCUCGAUGACACCGCGAACGCAUCUCACGAUCAUGAUCAUGAUCAUGAUCACCACGAUCACUCACAUGCACACGGCCACGACCAUGACCACGACCACGACCAUGACCACGACCACGACCACGACCAUUCCCAUAGCCACGAUCAACCGAAUCCAAAGGUCCUAGGAGUUAUCCAUGUUGUAGCUUCACGGGGAGCUGACUUGGAUGAUGUACGGCAGCGAACAGUCAGCUACUUGCAGGAAAAGAACAUGGACAUCCUUGUCCAGGUUGAACGGGAAGGUGAUGGACGUUGUUGGUGUGGCGCAGGGAACAAAAGCUCCUGAGUGGGCGCAACCUUCUUGUAUAUUGUAUCUACUUUUUGAAAUUCAAUGUGCAUGUCUACGUGGUAAAGCACGGUCAUUUAUUUUUGAA